CCCCAGACGAACAAACGACCCCUAAGAAAUCCGCCACCUUCGGUUUAUAGUGCCGCCCGGCCUUCAAGAUUUAGCAAAAACCAUCGCCAGUUCCUCAUCCUCGGCAUCUUCCCGUCUCAUCGUCGGACGACGACGUCUUCCCUUUCUUCCUCUCCCCUUCUCCUCUCUCUCUCUCUCUCUCUCUCUCUCUCUCUCUCUCUCUCUGAUCGACACCCUUAACAUUAUUCUCGCGAUCAUUCUUGAGACCAGAGGGAGGGAUGUCACCGGCGCCUGGGGAUUACGUCUACUUCAAGUCGCAAGUCCCCCUUCACAAGAUCUUCAUUGAAAAUAAACAGUGGAGAUACUAUGAUUUUGGCCCCAAGACUGUACCUCCUCUUAUUUGUAUCCCUGGAAUUGCAGGCACUACAGAUGUCUAUUACAAACAGAUCAUGUCCCUUUCAAUGAAGGGUUACCGAGUGAUUUCUGUUGAUGUACCACAUGUUUGGAGUCACCAUGAGUGGGCUCAUGCAUUUGAGAAAUUCUUGGAUACACUCAGUAUAUAUCAUGUACACCUUUAUGGAACAUCACUGGGUGGAUUCCUUGCAUUAGUGUUUGCUCAACACCGUCCAAGGCGAGUUAAGUCAUUGGUUCUUUCAAAUGCAUUUUUGGAGACACACAAGUUUGCAGCUUCCAUGCCAUGGUCUUCAGUUGUUAACUGGACACCUUCAUUUUUGCUGAAGCGGUACAUCUUAUCAGGAAUUCGUGAUGGUCCACAUGAACCAUUCAUUGCUGACUCAGUAGACUUUGUUGUUGCACAGGUUGAGACUUUGACUAGGGAGGAUCUAUCAUCAAGGUUAAAGCUGAAUGUUAAUGUUGCAUCAGUUGGCCCUCUGUUGCUCUCAGAUUCCUUCAUCACUAUCAUGGAUACAAACGACUACUGUGCUAUUCCCCAACAGCUGAAAGAUCAAGUGAGCGAAAGAUUUCCUGGAGCUAGUCAAGCAAUCCUCAAGACCGGUGGUGAUUUCCCUUUUCUUUCUCGUUCUGAUGAGGUCAACCUGUACCUCCAGCUUCAUCUAAGACGGGUUGGGGUUGAAGCACAGCCAGACAAAGUACAAGAUAGUUUAGAAGAUGGAGAUGGUGAUGAUACCUCAAACUACGAUAAUCCUUCUGGACAUGGAGAAAGUGGUGCCACGGAUGAUCCUCAACAACCCGAACCUAUGGGACCCAGUGGCGCCAGUAACGGUAACCUUCAGCCUGAAUAUACGGGACCCAGCGAUCAUAGUUUAAAUGCCAACUUCUUGCGCAGAGAGACUGGCAGCAUGAAAGUACUUGAUUCCCUUAUCCAUUCUCGUGCAAGCUUCAUUUAUCGUCACAUUGUUGCAGUACAACAUUGUAAAAGUAUAAAAAUAUAGAGGAUAUGUUGUCAUAUAUAUGCUAAAACCAUAUUAUAUAAUUAAAUUGAUUGUUUGCAGUUUA